AUGUCAUCUCAAAUCUUUGGAAUAUUGUUGAAUAAAUCAUCUGAUAAAGUUCCAUAUGUUUUAUUACAAACUUUUUGUCCAACAUUUAUGACAUUAAUCGUUUUUGUUGUUGUUAUGACGUUUUAUAAUAAUCAAAAAGUACAUUGUAAUAUAAUAAUACAGAGGAAUAUAAUAAAAAAUAACAUGUUAACAGCUGACAACUCGAAAUUUUAUAAUAAUAUUACCUCUACACCGAGCAAUAAUACAUUUGCACAUAAGAAUCUCUUGAACGGUCUACAAAAUGCUCGCAAUAUACUUCAUAGUUUAGAACAGAGCCUCAGCAAGACAAACAAUUACGAAAAACGGUUGCUGCGGUGUAAGGCCUACCAUUGUCGCACUCGAACCAACGCAUGGUUCAACAGCGAACCGUCUGAGAAAUUUACAAAAACAGGUAGUAAAGAACUUUCAAAACAUUUAUUUUUCUUUGAGAGAUUUCGCCGUGUUUGUCCCUGGAGAACAAUUCCUUGUUAUGUCUACAGGGAACUUGAAAAAAAAAAUGUUUUGCUUAUUGACAUUAAUAAAAUAGUUUUUGCUGCAUCUCUUUUUAAGCAUGAAAAAUAUAUCUCGUAUCAAGUGGAUUUAGCCGAAUCUUGGUCUACUAUGAGCAUUGUCUGUCUUCAGUAUCAGUAUGAAGAACUUUCGAAACGUUAUGAAGCUUUGCUGCGAGCGUAUGAUGAACGCUGCAGCAUUGUAAACGUUCGAGAUGCUACUAUAGAGGAAUUACAGAAACGCACAGAGCAACUGUCCGCCCAGCUCAUUCAUGCACAUGAAACCUUACUCACAGUUGGAGAGAGAUUUUUAGCGUUAAAGCGAAAACAUCAUUGGCAGGUAUUAAAUGCUCAACUUUUUUGUUUGUUAUCUGAACAGCCAAGAAAACUAUUGCUCUAUAAACUUCUUAAAAUUUUACAUCAAAAACAGGUAAAUAAAUAUAAAGAAACUAUAGAACUCUUAAAGCAUGUAGUGAAGAGCGUGGUAAGAUCGACAGAGAGAGCGCGUAUGGAAUUGGAACAACGACUGAAGCUGUGCAUGACAGCAGAACAGAAUGCACAUACAGCAUUACUUCUUGCUGAGAUCCGGAAGUGCAAUAUACUCUACUUAGAAAAUCUGCGGUUAAAAGCCUUUAUCGAACAAUUAACACCGGGUCAUGUAGUUUGGAAUACCUAAUUUAUAAUUUAUUGAUUAAUUUUAAAUAUAUUAUUAUUUUAGUUAAUGACUUUACGUAUUUGCUAGGACCAUAUUUUUACUUUGAAAUAAAUACAUGUUUCUUAUACGAGGUUUGUCCGGAAAGUACGUAUAAAAGUUUUUUAAAAAUUUUAUUUUACAAUUAUUCAGGUAAAUCAAUUUUAUCCCCUUCAAAGUACUCCCCCUGUGACAUAAUGCACUUGUGCCAACGCCGUUUCCACUGUGAGAAGGCUCCUUGAAAGUCCUCUGGUUGUAGGUUUCUCAGCUGCCCCGUCGUAGCUUUUUUUAUCUCAUUUAUGUCCCCCAAAUGCCGCCCCCGAAGUACCAAUUUGGUUUUUGGGAACAAGAAGAAGUCACACGGGGCCAAAUCCGGCGAAUAGGGGGGUGUUCGGUCACCGUAAUGGAAUUUUUACUCAAAAACUCACGGAACGAUCUUGGCGCAAAUUUUUUCAUUUGAAGUUCGUUUCUUAGAAUUUCGUGGACCACGGUUUUGCCCAAAUUAAGCUCUUCAGCCACCUGUCUGACCGUUAAACGACGGUCCCCAUUAACACAAGUUCGAAUUCUUUCCACGUUUUCGUCGGAAUGUGAGGUGGAAGGACGUCCUGAACGUGGGUCAUCUUGAACGCUUUCUCGGCCCUCUCUGAAUCUUUUUAGCCACUUGUGGACGGUUGGUUCCUUCACAGCAUCAUCCCCAUAAACUGUUCUGAGAUCGGCAAAAAUUUCACGGCCAUUCUUGCCGAGUUUCGAGAGAAACUUUUACGACGCGCUGCUCUUCAACG